UUAAAAGUGGAGUCGCCAGGUUUUCUUUCAGACAUGAACUGGGACAAUCAGCUGAGCUCUAUUCUGUCAGUAGCAGAUGGCAGCGUUGCAAAGAUGAGGGAGAGACUGACCUCACCGGGGAAAUUUGCCAAAGGAGGACAAGAUUUGUUUCCAGUGAAGGAGAGGAUUCAUGAUUCAGAUUUAGGCCCUCCUGCUCUUCCUCCUCGAGGCCUCCCUCUCCGACAGUCCUCCGCAGCUCUCAGUCCGACUGUUCAGUGGGCAGACCUCGCUGCUUUCCAGUCACAACUCCAGAUACAGAGCCAGGCGAUUGAGUCUCUCACUCAGAGACUCCAAGACACGGAAAGGGAGAGACAGUCUCAACAAUGUCAAAUCCAGACACUAGAAGAGGAGGUUCACAGGCUGCGUGAGGAGCUGAGGGAGAGGGAGAGAGAGAUGGCCGAAUCGAGGAGGGGACAAAGUCCGGGAGCGGAGAGACGGAUGGAGCAGUGGAGGAGAGAGGUUGGACGUGAGCUGAGCAGUCUGCGGGGACACAUCACCAGAGCCACGUCGCUAGGCAACCUGGAGGAGAGUUUCAGCUCCAAGCUUCGCAGAGAGGAGCUGGAACACCUGCGGAGAGAGGUGGACCAACUGAAAGCACAACUAAGGAGACAGGGGGAGGACGUGUUCCUUCAGCAGGCAGAGGCCAGAGAGACAAGGAGACAGUAUGAGCACAGCUGCAAGACGCUGGAGGGGCUGACAGACAGCUACAGAACUCACAGCACUGAUCUGGCAAAGACCGUCUCUCAGUACGCACAAACACAACAAGAGGUCCGCCAGAUCAGAACAACCGUGUCAGAACUGAAGGAGGAGGUCAGGAGACUUAUUCUCCGAGAACAUCAGCCAAAACCUUUACUGUCAGCUCACUCAUCAGGGGCAUCACCACUCCCACUUCCUGGCAGCCACAGUAGAGGGGUCAAAGCUGAGGACUCUGACUCAGAAGAUUUCAGCCCGACCCCGAGCCUGGCUGAGGUCAGCUCAGAUGAUCUAUCAUGGCUGGAUGACAAAGACCCUGCUUUUCAUCAGAAACCGCGAGUGCGUCUGAGCGUUCAGUCGAGAAGAAGCAACUUUUCUGGUCCGGGAUCAGAUCUGGAAGACGACGACGAUGAUGAUGGGAAUGGAAAUGGAGAGGAAACAAAGGAUGGCGAGCAGCAGACUUGGCAAGGCAACAGAUGCACAUGCAUAUAACAACAAGUAAUUAAGUCAUCCUAUUUGGUGUUGCUUAACAUGCCAGCUUAGAUAUUUGCGAUGCAAAGUUCAUAUGACUGGAGAAACUUUAAGAGAGGGGAUUUCUCAAAUGCUAUUUUAUACACUUAUUUGUGAGAAAAUCCACAGUGUCCUCAAGACAAAUCACACAGUGUCAGUCUAACAAGUCAAUCCCUCCUUUUUAUUUUCAAAUUAAUUCUCAAUUGCUUGUCUAAUUAUGCUUUAAACUGUUGGGUUUUAUGUGACACACCCAGACUCCUGACACCACACUGUCGAAACAAACCACCAAAAGAUUCAGCAUUGUUUGCCUUCAGUUUAGUUAGUGAUAUCUGCUGGAGGCUGAGGACUGUGAUAGCUGCAAAUCCUCUUUAAAUAAUCCGCAGUAACUGUCUCCACAUGCACAGACUGGUUGGAUACUGGGAACAAACCGAGGAGACAGGCAGCUGUUUAAGCAAGAUCCUUUGUGAGAGCUUCUCUAUCAGAAACUGUUUUCAUGAUGCUGGAUAGCUUUGUGCCUGCACUGUAGCAUUUUUGUAAGCAGCUUUAUUUCUCACUGUGAGCUUCACUGGUUGAACUUUAGCCUCGAAAUUUUGAAAUCAGACCUUUUUAUUUUUGCCACGCCCUCUGCACCCAUGUUUCGAGUCACUGAUGCUAAAUUAUGGGUCCUACCAGGGUGAAGGACAGCGGCACUGUGAUUGGCCUGUUAAACCACAAGGUUUGGUUUCAGGCAGAAGAGUUAAAAAUAGUCAUGUGUAGGGUUGUUAUGAUUAAAGAUGGUUGUGGUUAGGUGAAGUUUUGGUGCAGUUUAAUUUUUGCCCAUUGCUACUGUGGGAUUCAUAAGAACAGAACUGAUCACUGCUUUUGAUUUACAAAAGAAAAGCCCAUAAUAUCUUUUGCCUUAAAGGGAAGUUUACCCCAAAAGCAAGAAUUUUUUUUCCUCUUUCCUGUAGUGCUGUUUAUCAGUCUAGAUUGUUUGUUUUUGAGUUGCUGAGUGUUGAAGUUAUCGGUCGUAUAUCGUCUCCAAAAUAAUGGCACUAGAUGGCACUCAGCUUGCAGUGCUUGAAAAACUAAACACGUCUUUUUCGAGCAAUCAUGAUCGAUCCAGUUACUCAAAGUAAUCCACAGACCUUGUUGUGAGCAGUUUUAUGAACUAUACCCACCAACAGCAUCACUGCUCACCAAGCACCGCAGAACCGAUACUUUGGUGCCAAUUCAAUGCCAAAAUCCUGAAAAUGUGGCGGUGCUGUUUAAUGCUAAAGGAAGGACACCAAACAGGUGACGUUGCAGAGACAGUUCCAACUCGAAUUACUGAAAGCAAAAGCACUUAUUUCUGGUCUAUUGUGUUAAUUCUUUCCAAUGAAAGUGCUGCAUCUUUAACAUAAUGCUACAAAUGCUAGCAGUGUGAGGAGGCGCUG